GAUUUGGGAAUUUCUCGGAAGGGGAAAAACCAGUAGCGUUAUGCUGCGGUAGAUUCUUGAUUCUUCUAUGUCAGUGCUUAGCUUGCCAUCGGAUCUUCCUGAAUAGGAUCUCAAGUUGAUGCGAGGUCAAAAAUGGGUCAUUUGGGUUUAUCUUCCUCCCAGCGGAGCGCGCGGAAAUGGCAGCUGCUUGAUUUUGCGGUCGCAGCUUUCUUCGCGGCGGUGCUGAUUUUCUUCAUCCUCGUCUUCACGCCACUGGGUGACCCUCUGGCGGCGUCCGGCCUGCAGGCGCUCCUCUCCGGGGAUCCGCAGCACCGCAACCGCCUUCUCGCGCUAGUGGAGGAGUCCGGCCGGGAGAUGGCUCCGAUCCAGUUCUGCCCUGCUGAUUAUGUGGACCACAUGCCAUGUGAAGACCCCAAAAUCAACAGCCAACUCAGUCGGGAGAUGAAUUACUACCGGGAGAGGCACUGCCCCUCGCCGCAGGACACACCCCUCUGCUUGAUUCCGCCGCCUGAGGGAUACCGAGUUCCAGUUCCUUGGCCAGAGAGUUUGCAUAAGAUAUUUCACGAUAACAUGCCUUACAAUAAAAUAGCUGACCGGAAGGGUCAUCAGGGAUGGAUGAAAAGAGAAGGCCCGUACUUCAUAUUUCCCGGAGGUGGUACAAUGUUUCCAGAUGGGGCAGAACAAUAUAUUGAGAAGCUCAAGCAGUAUAUUCCUCUAGAUGAUGGAGUUUUGAGGACAGCUCUUGACAUGGGAUGUGGGGUUGCAAGUUUUGGUGGUUAUCUACUUGCCAAAGACAUAAUGACCCUUUCUUUUGCUCCAAGAGAUUCACACAAAUCACAAAUACAAUUCGCUUUGGAGCGGGGAGUGCCUGCACUCGUUGCGAUGCUUGGGACUCGCAGGCUCCCAUUUCCUGCUUUCUCGUUUGAUUUGGUGCAUUGUUCUCGGUGUUUGAUUCCUUUCACAGCAUAUAAUGCAACAUACUUUAUAGAAGUUCACAGGUUACUUCGCCCAGGAGGCUACUUUGUUAUCUCUGGUCCUCCUGUACAAUGGCCCAAGCAGGAAAAGGAAUGGUCAGAUCUUCAAUCUGCUACCAGUUCAUUGUGUUACGAGUUGAUUGUUGUGGAUGGUAACACUGCCAUCUGGAAAAAGCCAAAUGGGGAUUCAUGUCUUCCAAACCAAAAUGAGUUUGGGCUUGAAUUCUACGAUGAAUCUGAUGAACCAAGUGUUGCAUGGUAUACAGAGCUGAAAAAAUGUGUCAGCAGGACAUCUGUGAAAGGAGACUAUGCUAUUGGAUCAAUCCCAAAAUGGCCACAAAGGCUUACAGAAGCUUCUUCAAGGACCACAGUAAUAAGAAGUGGAAUCGACAUUUUUGAAGCAGACAAUAGGAGAUGGACCAGAAGGGUAGCAUAUUAUAAAAGCUCAUUGAACUUGAAACUAGGAACUCCAGACGUGCGGAAUGUCAUGGACAUGAAUGCAUUUUUUGGUGGCUUUGCUGCAGCACUAAUAUCCGAUCCUGUUUGGGUGAUGAAUGUUGUUCCUGCCCAUAAGCCAUUAACACUUGAUGUCAUUUAUGAUAGAGGCCUUAUUGGAGUUUACCAUGAUUGGUGUGAGCCUUUCUCGACAUACCCUCGGACAUAUGAUCUGAUUCACGUAGUUGCUAUCGAAUCUCUUACAAAGGAUCCUACUUCAGGCAAGACUAGGUGUAACCUUGUGGAUUUGAUGGUGGAAAUUGAUAGAAUAUUGAGGCCGGAAGGAACAGUGGUAAUUCGAGAUACACCUGAAGUGAUUGACAGAAGCGAGCGAAUAGCACAUGCUAUCAGAUGGACCCCAACGGUUUACGAAAAAGAACCUGGCUCCCACGGGAGCGAUCGAGUUCUGGUAGCCACAAAGAAGCUCUCAAAACUAUCUUCAACCUCGAGCUGAAGUGAAAUUCUCACACGUCUCACACGAUGACCCGUGUAUCUUAAUGUACAACAUGUAAUGCAUGAGGUACGAGGACUCAAUGCUUCUUCGGCUUCAUCUGUAUUGGUUUUUGUAUUGUCACAUACUUUCAUCUCUAGUACAGUCUGCCUUAGUUCAAUCACAAAAUUCUCUUUGAAUUGAAGGCAUGAUAGAGAAAUUGAAAAUGACAAAAGGGAAAAAAGUUGGGAAAUUGUCUUUGGAUGUAGUCAAUAAAGCUAGGCAAAGUUUUUCUUGGUCUAGAAAAUGCAGAACAAAGAAUGAUUUGGUUGGACUAGCUUGCCAAGGAAGAAGGGAUGUGAUGAUGGCUAGUAGGGAUGGGCAAGAAUCUUGGUCAUGUUCUAUUGUUCCAAAAUAUUCUGGUCUCGUCUACAUAUUCUGGUGCCGUGUUCGGUUUAGGAUGAUGAAAUUUUGUCCCGAACCGAAUCUGUCCCAAUUAAAAGUGGAAUAGAACAAUUGGAAGGGUGUAAUGAUGGUGAAUACUAUAUAGGCCAACAUUGAUGAUUAACUUUUCAUGU